AUGCAUGUCCUCGUCGUGAACGAUGACGGGCCGCCGUGUCGCAAACUGUCGCCCUAUGUUCGCCCCUUCGUAGACGCCCUGCAGGAUGCUGGUCAUCGGGUCUCAGUCGCCGUGCCCGCUGCGUCGCGCUCGUGGAUCGGCAAGGCUCAUAUAAUCGGCGCUUCGCUCACGGCCACAUAUGUACAUCCAGACUCGUUCCGCGAGGACGGAACAUGGGAGGAAGAAGAGGAAGAGGAAUGUCGCGCUGUUAGCGGAAACCUACCACCAACACCUGCAGCCUCAAGCGAGCAUCUGAAUCCUACUACUAUUACUAGCCCUUCUACUACCAAUUCCAACCUGGCACCAGCUACCACCAAAGAGCAGGAGCGUUGGGUCGUAGUCAGCAACGGCACACCGGCCAGCUGCGCUCAACUGGGGAUAUACGAGCUCUUCCGUGACCGUGGAGAGAUUGAUCUGAUAGUCUCCGGACCGAACCAUGGAAGAAACGCCUCGACCAUAUACAAUCUCUCGUCGGGCACUGUGGGCGGAGCGCUUGAAGCAGCGACAUGCGGCAAACGGGGCAUUGCGCUGUCAUUCGGUAGCAAGGAGGAACAGCAGCCCGAGGUUAUUCAAGCUGCGGCGCGAUUGUCGGCGCGUCUGAUUGACCAUCUCUAUCGCAAUUGGGACGAGCGCGUGGAGCUGUAUAACCUGAAUGUGCCGAUGCGAGCAGAUGUGGAAAGCCGUCCGGUGCGAUAUACGCGUGCGCUGCCCAAUGUCUGGACAAAGGGUAGUCUGUACGCCGAGAUUCAUCAUCCUUCUCUCGUUAAUGGCACAUCCCAAGUCGUGGGCACAACACCAAAACCCAGCACUCAACCCCGCCGUGUGCGACAAUUCCAAUGGUCAACAGAACUGUCCGAUAUCAAGAGAAGUCUCGCGGAGAGCGCUGCAGGAACCGAUGCUCGUACUGUACUUGACGGAUUCACGAGUGUUACGCCUCUCCUAGCCAAUUUUUGGCACCCUCCUGGCUUCGAUGGUGAACUGCAACUCGGCAGUUAA